AUGCCUCUUCAAACAUACCACCACUCCUCCUCCUCCACAGGCCUCUCAAGUAUUACCACGUUGAUCGUGGGAGCCACUGAAGCCGUCCUUGUCGAUCCCCCCUUGCUGAUUCCUGAUGCUUUGUCGGUUGUUCGAUGGAUCAAAGAAACUACACCGAACCCUUUGAAGGCCGUCUUUGUCACGCAUCACCAUCCGGAUCACUUUUUCUCGGCGAAUCCUAUCCUCGAUGCGUUUCCCAGUGCCAAGUUCUACGCGGCGUCUUAUGUUCUGGCGGGUAUCAACCGCGAAUAUGACGACAAGGUGAAAUACUGGCCGACGGUCUUUGGCCGUGAUAACGUACCCGAGGCACCUCAAAAGCCCGAGGAAUUCAACUUCAACUUCUUCCUAUUGAAUGGGAAUCCGGAGAGCCCUGUGGUGCUGCUGGGGCCUCUUCAAGGCGACAGUGUCGAUCACACCCUCUUUUGGCUGCCGACUGAGAAGACGAUCAUCUGUGGAGAUACCAUCUAUGGCCGAAGCACGCAUGUUUGGGUGGAAGAGGUAGAAACUCCGGCGCUUUUGGACGCAUGGAACAAGACCAUCGCUUUGAUCUCUGCCUUAGACCCCGUCAAGGUCAUUCCAGGCCACUUGGAGCCUGACUGGGAACUGGACGCCAAAGCAGACAUUGCCCAUACCCAGAAGUAUCUCGACUUAUUCGCAGAGAAGGUCACAUAUGCGGAAACCAAGCCAACAGUCCAGGAUCUGUUCGAUACCUUCAAGAAUGCUUUCCCGGAAUGCCAGCAAAACCUCGAGUUUUUCCUGGGGCAUCUGUCCAAUCAGUUUGGAGAGGGGGGCAAGGUUUGGGAGGAGAACCGGCAUCACGAUGUCGGCAAACGAACGAUCGAAGGACUGACCGGGUAUUGGUUCAAAUAG